AUGAAACAACCUUCAUACCUUGAAUCUGCUCCAAAUGCUGUCCAGGCACUUUAUUCCUACUUCAAUGUCCGGGACACGCCAACGCCUACUGGUUCAGCCCUUGGGCCCACAUUUGAUAUGUACGUCGUCCGCGACGCUCGUAUGCCAACGCACCUGCUCGCCGCGACCCAGUCCGACCAGGAUCCAGACAAUACCACGCCUUUGAUGCUCCCAAUUGAUCUCACCCUCUUCGAACGCGGUUUCCGCACCGAUCUCAACGUACCACCUGCUGCACCCGGCUCGAUUGCUCCCAUACCACGCUCUUUGACUGUUGGAGACUCCCAAGUCCUCUAUGUCAACCUUCCUGUGGUUCCUAUCAGAGUACCGCACGUCCCAUCCCUUGCCCUUCUUCUUCUCUUCGCCAUGGGCCUUGAGACCAACCAUAACCUCCUCGCUUGGAAGCUACUUCCUGUAGAUGUCGUGGGGGAAUUCCCAAACGCGGCCGCAAUGUCCACAAUCCUUUCAAGACGAUCACACGCCGAGGUGGAUACCUUCCACAGGCAUAACCAUGGCUUGUGGAAGAACAUUCUCGCACUGGCACUAAGUAACUCCCGGAUGAUACAAGCUGUACAAACGGCGUUGCAUGUAACGAAUGAAGCUCGUCGCCUCCAGCUUCGCACCAAGCUGGCUCAACAAUCCUAA